AUGCCAGGGGAUGUCCAGAGGUAUCAGUAUCUCUCUCCAGAGGUAUCAGUCUCUCUCUCCAGAGGUAUCAGCCUCUCUCUCCAGAGUUAUCAGUCUCUCUCUCUCUCUCUCCAGAGUUAUCAGUCUCUCUCUCUCUGUCCGUCCCUCUCUCUCUCUCUCUCUCUCUGUCCGUCCCUCUCUCUCUCUCUGUCCGUCCCUCUCUCUCUCUCUGUCCGUCCCUCUCUCUCUCUCUGUCCGUCCCUCUCUCUCUCUCUGUCCGUCCCUCUCUCUCUCUCUCUCUCUCUCUGUCCGUCCCCCUCUCUCUCUCUGUCCGUCCCUCUCUCGCUCUUUCUCUCUCUGUCCCUCGCUCUCUGUAUCUCUCUCUCUGUCCUUCUCUCUCUCUCUCUCCAGAGUUAUCAGUCUUUCUCUCUCUCUCUCUCUCCAGAGUUAUCAGUCUCUCUCUCUCCAGAGGUAUCAGUCUCUCUCUCUCUCUCUCUCUCUCUCUCUGCAGAGUUAUCAGUCUCUCUCUCUCUCUCCAGAGUUAUCAGUCUCUCUCUCUUUCUCUCUCUAUCUCUCUCUCCAGAGUUAUCAGUCUCUCUCUCUAUCUCUCUCUCUGUCCGUCCCUCUCUCUCUCGCUGUUCGUCCCUCUCUCUCUCGCUCUCUCUCUCUCUGCAGAGUUAUCAGUCUCUCUCUCUCUCUCUCCAGAGUUAUCAGUCUCUCUCUCUUUCUCUCUCUAUCUCUCUCUCCAGAGUUAUCAGUCUCUCUCUCUCUCUAUCUCUCUCUCUCUCUCUCUCUCUCUGUCCCCCUCUCUCUCUCUCCAGAGUUAUCAGUCUUUCUCUCUCUCUCUCUCUCUCCAGAGUUAUCAGUCUCUCUCUCUCUCCAGAGUUAUCAGUCUCUCUCUCUCUCCAGAGUUAUCAGUCUCUCUCUCUUUCUCUCUCUCCAGAAUUAUCAGUCUCUCUCUCUCUCUGCAGACAUUUAAGUCAUUUAGCAGACGCUCUUAUCCAGAGCGACUUACAAAUUGCAGAGUUAUCAGUCUCUCUCUCUCCAGAGUUAUCAGUCUCUCUCUCUUUCUCUCUCUAUCUCUCUCUCCAGAGUUGUCAGUCUCUCUCUCUCUCUCUCUCUCUCCAGAGUUAUCAGUCUCUCUCCAGUAUCAGUGUAUCUUCAGACUUACCCAGCAUCGUUGUCCGUCCUCUUCAGUACUUUGGAGAUGUGAGGAAGAAUGUGUCUGAACUGAGAGAUAAACUAGAAGACUUCCUUAAAGGAGAAUGGACCAAGAUCUCCACUACAGUGAAUAUAGUGGAUGUUGUACUGCCUCCAGAGCUCAAGACCAGAGAACAGUUGUUACAAUAUUCCUGUCAGCUCACACUGGACCCAAACACAGCACACACACGCCUCUCUCUGUCUGAAGGGAACAGAAAGGUGACCUGUACACGCCAAGUCCAACCAUAUCCUGUCCAUCCAGACAGAUUCACCAACUACUGUCAGGUUCUGUGUAGUGAGGGUCUGUCUGGACGCUGUUACUGGGAGGUGGAGUGGACUGGUGUUGUUGUUACAGCAGUCUCAUAUAAAGACAUCAGCAGAACAGAGAGCGGUAAUGAUGGUGGAUUUGGACUCAAUAACAAGUCCUGGAGUUUACAUUACUAUAGAGGUGAUUAUUGGUUCAGACACAAUAAUGUUGAGACUAAAGUAUCAGGCCCUCAGUCCUCCAGAGUAGGAGUGUACCUGGAUCCCAAGGCAGGUACUCUGUCCUUCUACAGUGUCUCUGACACAAUGACCCUCCUCCACAGAGUCCAGACCACAUUCACUCAGCCCCUCUAUCCUGGGUUUUGGUUCCAACUAAAUGGUACUGCUGAGCUGGUUAAACUGUAAACUGAUUUGUUAUUAAUUCAAAUUCAAUACAAUGUUUUAGUCUUGUACAUUUCCAUGAAUCAUGAUGUCUGGUGUUGAUGUAUAUUGGUUGUCAUUCAGAACCAUUGAUAUGUUUUCUCAGUUGGUUCUCUGUCUCUAUGUAAUUCUCCUCAGUAUCAUUGAUCAGCUUGUUGGCUCGGUCCUAAUUGAUGUGUUCUCUGUCACCUGGAGCUGCAUGGAAAAUGGUCCAGGAACUAAAGGACAAUUCAGGACUAGUCAGCCCACUACAAGCUGGUAUCACUUACGUUCUACUAAACUAUAUGGUCUGGUUUCCCAGACACAGAUUAAUCCUAGUCCUGGAAUAAACAGUAUGUUCAAUGUAGACGUCCAGGAAACCGGCCCUAAAUGUGUCAUCUUUCAUCCUCCUAUACUGCUCAGUCCAGCAACAUUAAACCUGUCCAGCAGGUGGUGCUGUUGACCAAACAAUAAAACCAGCAGAUAUCUUGACUUGCCACUCAGUAUAUCAGUAAUGUUCAGAAUAGUACUUUAAUAUCAUUGGAGAUUGAUGGUCUUUUUAAUCCACUAUCCAGAGUCAGGAACAGAUGAAGUUAGGUCUGCUACUGUUCAGUGAUUAAAUAUGAUUUAUGGUGAUGGGAAAUAAUAAAAAACACUCAACUUCA